AGGAAGUGAUUCGUUCACUCUCGUUCACUGAAAAGAAUUGGUCCUUUGAACAAAUCGUUCACUCACGAGCCGACACUAUUUCCGGUUACAGCCGCGCCAAAGUCUGAAACCGAAAGUGUCAGUUUACCGCUUAAAGGCUGAGAAGAAGUGUCGCUUGUCGUCACCCAGACUUCCCUGGACAAAUACAACAGCGAGGAUGAAAAAAUGGGGCGAGCGUCUCAAGAAGGUGGAGCAGCUGGCCGAGACCUUUCAUCAUAAUCCAGUAAUUCCGCGCUACAAGCCUCGACUUUGGCCUUACCAGCCUUCCUCCGUCUGGAAACUGUUCCAUCGCCAAAGUGUGGCCAUUGCUUUUGCUCAGAGCUGCAAGGAGCCUGUGCAUGUCUUUGCAUUGGAAAAAGAGAAGGCUCCCCAGGGUCAAAGGAUAUUCCUGGUGACCACUUACGGUGAACUGUGGCACUACUACAGGACUUACACACAAUCCUUGAUGCACUGCUACGAAGUGAUCCCAGAGGGCGCUGUUUGCAAACUGUACUUUGACUUGGAGUUCCACAAGCCUUCAAACAGAGAAGCCGAUGGCAAAAAGAUGGUGGCCAUGUUGAUCCAGUAUGUUUGUCAAAAGCUGAAGGACAUCUAUGGGGUCGAAUGUUGCGCAUCAAACAUCCUCAAUCUGGACUCCAGCACAGAUGAUAAAUUUAGUCGACAUCUCAUCUUCAAUCUACCAAAUGCCGUUUUCAAGGACAACAUUCAUGUCGGUGCCUUCAUUAAUUCCAUACUUCAACCUGUGCUGGAUGAAUGCAAUGUGAAUGGCAGUGGAACACACAGCGAGCUGACAAGUCAAAGUACACAAACCAAAAGACUGAAAACUGACGAAAUUGACCUCAGCUUUCUUCACGUGAAAAACAAAGAUGGGCACCGUGCUAAGUUUGUUGAUCUUGGGGUCUACACCAAGAACAGAAAUUUCCGUCUUUACAAGUCAUCUAAGGUCGGGAAGAACGCUGCCUUCUCCUUAGCAGAUGACAACAAGUUCAUCUCCAAACCCACCAAGGGCAUUUCAGCAGAAGAAAGUGUGUUCUUGGCAUCUUUAGUGUGCAAUGUGAGCUUCACAGGCCAGAGAAUUCUAACGUGGGAAGUCACAGACACCCAAGCGUGUCGGACCACGAGGCUUCACACCCAGAUGGAUUUACCAUGUGACUCAAGCUCACUCUCAGGCUACCUAAUGUCGCCUCACAGAGAAGUGGACGACUUUGUUUUGACAGUGGUUAGGAGGGACAACAUACAAGGAAGCAUCAGACGGUGGCACUACUUUGCAGCCGAGCAGCUUCUGGUCUACGACAUUGCCAAGUACCGUUGGUGUGACAACGUGGGCCGCUUUCACAAAAGCAACAACAUCAUGAUCGUGGUGGAUCUCAAAGAGGAGGUUUGGUACCAGAAGUGUCACGAUCCCGAGUGUAGGAACUUUAGAUCCUCAAGUUACCCACUGCCACAGGAGAUCUGCAUCAGUUACAUCAUGAUGCUGGACGACGAGGAUCAGGACUACGUAAUGGACGAUGCAGGCAACAUUGAAGCCACCCAGACACCGAAACAAGCGGCUGAGUAUCAAGAAGCCGCCGACAAGUGGGGAGGAAGUGCUGAGGACGACCAGGAAUUCUCUGAUUGUCUCAACGACUUUGAGCUGACAAGCAGCGAAAUCUCAGAUGAGCUGCUGCUCAACUGCGUGCAAGGUUUCCAUUCAUAGAGAAUGACGUUAAUCCAAUUUACUUUUGCACUUUAUUGAACUUUGUUUUACUCACAACUCAAGCACGGACCUGCAAAAAAUAUAUAUAUAUUUUAUACAUUAUUUUACAAGCACAAAAUGUUUUGAAUUGGCAGGUCUCAAUUCCAAUAAGUCACCUUUUAAAACGAGUAGUGUGACAAAGACAGGAUUAAAAUUGUUGCUAUUUUGUGCCCCCCAAAUGAAACAAUCAUAAAAACAAACUGAACCGGUUGAGAAAUGGGGGGAAUGCAAAUAUCAUUCUUUGCUAUAUUAAGUACAAUUCAAAUAUUAUUUACCUGUAAUGUCUUCAUUAAUUAUCCACUCACAUGCCACAAACUUUAAAACCUCCAGUUUAAACUUCUGCAAGAUUUAUAGUAGGAUAAAUAAAACCACUCACUUGAUUUGGUGCUCUGUUGAGAAAAGCUUAGACCCCAAAAAAAUGUGUCACUGGGAAACAUGUUCCCAUUCAGUUGUAACCUUCCAGUCCAAUCCGCUUAGACCUUAAGGCCCGCAUAAAGUUCAUCUAUCUGCACUCUGAAGUGAUUCCGAAUAUCUGUUCUUUUAGCCUUGAGCGUCGGUGUCAGCAGGCCGUUUUGCACAGAGAACAUCUCCGAAUGUAAUGCAAUGUCUCUCACCUGAGGAGGGGGGAGGGGGGUGGUCAGAGAUUAUAUAUUAGAGUUGUAAAUCUUUUGACAAUUACAACUUCACCUGUUCAAAAGACUUGAGUCCAGCUUCUUUGCCCAGUCUCUGAAUGUCCUCCAAAAUGGCGUUCUUAACAUCCUGCCAGAAAAUCACAACAAAUUGUGGAGGAAUGUUUUGGGAAUUUUGUUGACAAAAUAAAAGUUGGCUUGAAUUCUGUUGUCAAAAUAAACUCACAUUGUUCUUGCACAACUCCAAGUAGGAGCCA